UAAAAAGUUUCAAAACACAACUUUACUACCAAAACUUUUAAUUUACCCUAAAUUCAGAAAAAAAGAAAUAAACCAGAUUCCGCACCAAACAGAAGUCUUCACUGUCACUCUUAAAACCCAGGAGGUACAUUAUCGUGUUAAGAGUAUCGAAGAAUUGGCGGAAUCUUGGCAUCUUUAACGCUUAAUGAUAAGUAAGGUCCCUCCAAUCAUUUCUUGAACAGCUUGAAAACCUAACAUUGGGUUAAAGUGGAGGUUUGAAAGAAAUGGAUGGGAACACAUCUGGUGGGGAGAGUGAUGAGUUUGGCUGGAAUACUGAAGACGAGCUGGAAAUUGCGAGCUAUGCUUUACCUUCUUGUUCCAAUGGGACACUGCAUGGUGGAGAGGCUGUUGCUGGCUCAACAGAGGCAAGCUCAUCAUCAGGAUCUUCCAGCACCAAGAUGAUUGAUCAUUUUGUAGGGAUGGGGUUCUCAGAAGAAAUGGUUAUCAAAGCUAUUCAGGAAAAUGGAGAGCAGAAUACAGAUUUGAUACUUGAAACUCUGCUCAAAUACUCAGGAAGCUCAUCGGCAAGCUCUUCAAACUCCAAGUUGAUUGAUCAUUUCGUGGGGAUGGGGUUUUCUAAGGAAAUGGUUGCCAAAGCAAUUCAGGAAAAUGGAGAGCAGAAUACAGAUUUGAUACUUGAAACUCUGCUCAAAUACUCAGGAAGCUCAUCGGCAAGCUCUUCAAACUCCAAGUUGAUUGAUCAUUUCGUGGGGAUGGGGUUUUCUAAGGAAAUGGUUGCCAAAGCAAUUCAGGAAAAUGGAGAGGAUAAUACAGAUUCAAUAUUGGAAACUCUUCUCACAUACUCCGCUCUUGAAAAGUCUCCUCAAGCACAGCAAGAUGUUGAUUCUGAUGAAUACUCAUCAGAACUUGAAGGCAGCUUUCUAAAUGAUUUUUCAGAUAUCAAUACUUCUGAUGGCGAGGAAAUCCGAAAACCUGUUUCUGACAAGGAAGAUAAACUGUUGUUCUUAGCUAGCAUGGGGUAUGCAGUGGAGGAGGCUUCAAUAGCCAUGGAGAGAUGUGGGCCAGACUCUACUAUUGCAGAGUUGACUGAUUUUAUAUGUGCUGCUCAAAUGGCAAAGGCAUCUGAUGCACUAAUGGGAGAAUUAGAAGAGAAGCCUAAGCAGUUCUUCAAUGAUUAUCCUAAUCACAAGAAGAGGAGAAUGCUUGACUAUGGCAAAAAGCAGAGGUUUGAGAAGAAGUUGCUGAAUGGAGACGAUGAGCAGAUACGUCUACCAAUUCCUAUGAUUGGCUAUGGGGUUCCUACAGAACCUGGUUGUAUAACUCAUCGGACACUUCCAGAGGCAGCCAUUGGACCUCCUUACUUCUACUAUGAGAAUGUUGCCCUUACUCCCAAAGGUGUUUGGGACACAAUUUCAAGAUUUUUAUAUGAUGUGGAGCCAGAAUUCGUUGACUCGAAGUAUUUCUGUGCUGCUGCAAGGAAAAGGGGAUAUGUGCACAAUCUGCCCAUUGAAAACAGAUAUCCUCUUCUUCCACUUCCUCCUCACAAUAUUAAUGAAGCUCUGCCCUUAACAAAGAAAUGGUGGCCAUCAUGGGACCCAAGGACCAAAUUAAAUUGUUUGCAAACUUGUGUUGCAAGUGCAAAACUGACAGAGAGGAUCCGCAAGGCACUUGAAGACUAUGAUGGCACUCCGCCUUUGAGUGUCCAAAAGUAUGUUCUCGAGGAAUGCAGAAAGUGGAACCUGGUCUGGGUUGGAAGAAAUAAGUUAGCUCCCCUUGAACCCGAUGAAGUGGAAAUGCUUUUGGGGUUCCCCAGGAAUCACACAAGAGGAGGGGGAAUAAGUAGGACUGACAGAUAUAAAUCGCUAGGUAACUCAUUCCAGGUAGACACAGUAGCCUACCAUCUGUCAGUAUUGAAAGAAAUGUUUCCUGGAGGCAUCAAUGUUCUCUCUCUUUUCUCUGGGAUUGGUGGUGCUGAAGUUGCACUCCAUCGGCUUGGUGUUCCUUUAAAGAAUGUUGUGUCAGUUGAGAUUUCUGAAGUAAAUAGAAAUAUUGUCCGUAGUUGGUGGGAGCAAACAAACCAGAAAGGGAGAUUGAUUGACCUUGCUGAUGUUCAACAACUUGAUGCUGACCGGGUAGAGCACAUGUUUAAUUCGUUUGGUGGAUUUGAUCUCGUAAUUGGUGGAAGUCCAUGUAACAAUCUUGCAGGUAGCAAUAGACAUAGCAGAGAUGGACUUGAGGGUAAACAUUCUUCACUCUUCUAUGAUUUUUUUCGGAUUCUGAACAUGGUCAAGGAUUUGACCACAAGACACUAGCGGUUUCAUGUAACUAUAGCUUAUUUAGCGGAUACUGGUCUGAAAUUUGGAAUUCUUCCACCCUUUAUUUAUUCUUGGUGAAAUAUGAAUAAUUUUUUUGGAAGAAAA